AGGCCGCGCAUGCGUCAAGAUGGCGGCGCGCACAGUGGCGUCGCAGUCGGUUGCUGGGGGCCGCCAUGCCUGCGGCGGGCGCGCGCGCGCGGCGGGCGGGCGGAUGUUGACGCCGUGAGGGAGCGAUGGCGGCGGCGGCAACGGCGGUGGGGCCCGGGCCCGGCGAGCGGCAGCGGCGGGUGCAGGCGCUGAGCGCGGCGCUGCGCUGCCGCCUCGGGCCCUACGAGCCACUGCUGGGCGCCGUGCAGGCCGCGCUGGUGUGGGAGCGGCCGGGCCGCAGCGCGCUGUGCUGGGUGGCGGUGCACGGCCUGUUCUGGUUCUUUGCUCUGACUUCCCUGCGUUUGCUGUUCCUGAUUGCUGUAACCCUCAUAGUAGUAGUGUGUCUAGACCAGUGGAAGCACAAAAUCUGGCCAGAAAUUGGUGUGGCAAGACCUGAUGAAUUAGACAAUGAGAGCUGGGGAUACGUCCACCCUCGGCUGCUCGGGCUGCCAGAGCUCUGUCAUCAUUUGGCUGAGGGAUGGGUGACUGGGACCAACUUCUUCAGUAACCUCUUCGUUUUCAAGAGGCAAAGUCCUGGCAAGUUUUGCCUUCUAGUGUGUGGAGUGUUCACUUUCCUGGCUGUCCUGGGCCGGUACAUCCCUGGCCUCUUGCUCUCAUACCUGCUGUUGCUCCUGGUGCUGCUGUGGCCCCUGGCCGUGUACCACAGGCUGGGGCAGCGCGUGUACCGCAGGCUGGAGCCCGUGCUGCAGCGCCUGGACUUCAGCGUGCGGGGAUACGUGACAGCGAGGCAGCGCCAGAGGCAGCUGCAUGGCCGGGCCCUGGGUCAGGAAGCCACGGAUGAUGGGAGUGACAGUGAAGAGGAGCUGGCUGCAUUCUGCCCCAAGCUGGAUGACUCUGUGGUCGCCAAGGAACUGACCAUCUCCGACUCUGAGCAUUCAGAUGCUGAGGUUUCCUAUACUGAAAAUGGGAUGUUCAACCUUUCCAGGGGCCAGACACCCCUGACAGAGGGAUCAGAAGACCUGGAUGGUCACAGUGACCCAGAAGAAUCUUUUGCCAGGGAUCUGCCUGACUUCCCUUCCAUAAACCCAGAAACAACGGGCAUAGAUGAUGAGGAUGACACCAGCAUUGGGAUCCCGAGCCUGGCGUACCGCCCCCAAGGGACAGAGGAUCUGCAGCUCCAGUAUGAGCAGGAGGAGUUUGGCACGCUGCCAGCGGUGCAGAACCUCACCAACAACAUCGCUGGCUUUGUCACCAGGGGCAUGAUCCAGCUGGCACUGUCAGGAGGCUCCCAGGCAGGCCCCUCACGCAGCACCAACCCCCAGAGAGGGGCAAAGACUCACCUCAGAGCAGCCAGUUUGGACUUGGACACUGAUGCUGAAGGGGAUGACUUUGAACUGCUGGAUCAGUCCGAGCUGAACCAGCUGGAUCCCACUGGCUCCCGGGGCCAGUAAACCAUCCUGUCACUUCCCUCUGGUUUUCUAUUGUGCAUCAUGGAGUGAAUCCUAGAAGGAAAAGCUUUGCACAGUUCUCUCCUGGGAGUCUGGGUGAUGUGACAGCCACUCCUGGCUGGGUGCACCACUGUGACUUGUGACUCCACAGCCUCGCUUGGAUCUUCAAAUAAAGGACACUGGCAAUCUGUAGGGAAGAGGCGUUGAUGGGAUAGCUCCACAAUCACCCUGCACUGUCUGACAUGAUGCUGCCUGCUCCAAACUUUCUCUAAGACAAUAAAUCUGGUGUUUGCAGCUCUCAA